AUUGAUUGGAUUGUGCUGCUUCUUGUGCUUACUACAAAUUGCUUUCAACAUACAGAUGUUGCCUGCUUUCAUUUCAAACUACAUGAAAUCUAAUAGAAACUGUUAUCUCCAAUAACAAAGGAGCCUUAAUGACAUAUCUAACCACAAUCAAAGUUAAAAUUGAAGUGUUAUAUGCUGGCUGAAGCAAUUUAAUUCCAAUGUGGCUGCGAUAAACAUUUCGUGCACAGUAAGAAUGUUGAAAUCUCAAAAGAAAUACCUGUCCGAAACUCCUACAACCGUCUCAUGAUAUGAUUUGUAAUAAGCUAUGCACUUGGCAAAAGAAACACAUCAAGUAAGAACAAAUAGGACCGGCGUGAGGAAGGGCUUGAUAAAUCUACUUGAAGAUUGCUUAUGACCUGACUAAAAGCUUAGAAACAAAUUUCAAUCUGAACUGCUUGGUGGGGAGUUGCAGCUGAUCUUCCUCUGAAACAUGUACCUUGAGUUCAUAGUGGAUGAGGAGGCCAUCUAUGUAUAUGAUGUAACCAAGUUCUUGGAGGACCAUCCUGGGGGAGAUGAGGUUUUGUUGUCGGCAACUGGGAAAGAUGCAACCGAUGACUUUGAGGAUGUCGGGCACAGUACCAGUGCAAGAGCAAUGAUGGAUGAAUUCUACGUUGGGGAGAUAGAUGCAUCAACCAUCCCCAACAAGCCUAAAUAUACUCCUCCCAAGCAGCCUCACUACAACCAGGACAAAACCUCCGAGUUCAUCAUCAAGCUUCUCCAGUUCCUCGUUCCCCUACUGAUCUUGGGUUUGGCAAUUGCCGUCCGUUUCUACACCAAAUCAACCUAAAGAAGUCAAGGAAUGCAUCUCUGAUUAAACAUUCACAAUUCUGUGAGAAUGUUUCUUCAUCAGUCUCUUGUUCGUCUUUGUAUUGCAACUCAGGGUAGGUGGUUUAGUCUGGUGGCAGUUUGUCUUUUCUUCUUAUUCUUAUUUUUUUUUUUCUUUUCAGUAGCACGUGCAUAAUUUUAUUGCAAAUUUGCUUUUGUUUUCUGAUGCUGAUAUGGCCAUUUUGGAAUUGUUCUUUCUUCCUACUUUGUUUCUGGCUUAUUCAGCCUUUUGAAAAUACACUUCCAUGUUUGUCAGCGUUUCCUUGGAUUUGUGGUCACGCAACACUUGUUGAUUAUCUUGAAUCCACUAAUUUAAUGUUACAUGAUAAGCUUGGUAGAGCCUGAGGUUCCACAAGAA